AUGUUUAAUGUAUGCGUUCGAAGGUUCUCUAAAAAAGCUGGAUGGUCUUGGUUAAAGAACAGAAGGGGUAGAAAAAAAAUUCUCUUAUUUGCGUACCCACCAAAGGAAAGAAGUAAUAUUGUAAAGCUCACUGAUGAUAGUGAUAAAUUAAUAUUUGUGUGCAAUGCAAAGUUACGAGAUAAUUUUUUAUCAACUGUAAAAAGUAUGAAAGAAACUAAGUGUGUUGUAAAAAAUAAUUCUGUUAUUACCCCAUGUUUAGUUAUAUCAAAAGCUAAGUGUCAUACGUUAUUGGAAAGUUUUACGUAUGAUGAAAUAUUGCAUUUAGAAAAGCUCUCUCCAAAUAUCUUAAAGGCUUUUGAAGAGGCAGAAGGGAAAUUAGAGAAAGAAAAAGAGAAUAGCAUACUGAGCAGACAUGAAGCUAUUAAAUUUAAAUUGAUGAAAUAA